CUCUGAUGGGCAGGGAGAGAUACCAGGGUGCUGAGUCAGUCCAGGACUGCCCCCUCCUGGCCCACUCAGAGCCCCCGGGUGUGAGAAGCUCGUCUCCCGUGGGUUGCAUUGGCCCUGCCCUAUCUCUGCCUCCAGCACCCAGGGCGGCCGCAGAUGGCAGUGUCUCUGGGGACAGCAGCUGCGAAUGAGUCCACGGGCCGACGCUGAGCUGCUCAGGCUGAGGCGGUGUGCUCAGCACAGAGCCCCCGGAACUGGCAUCUGCAGGGCGUGAGACUGGAUCUUGCUCCAGGCUGGAGUGCAGUGGCGCGAUCACAGCUCACUGCAGCCUCCAUCUCCCAGACUUAGGUGAUCCUUCCACCUCAGCCUCCCGGGUAACUGGGAUUACAGCCAAGGCCGCCGCGAUGCCGCACUUCCUGGACUGGUUCGUGCCGGUCUACUUGGUCAUCUCGGUCCUCAUUCUGGUGGGCUUCGGCGCCUGCAUCUACUACUUCGAGCCGGGCCUGCAGGAGGCGCACAAGUGGCGCAUGCAGCGCCCCCUGGUGGACCGCGACCUCCGCAAGACGCUAAUGGUGCGCGACAACCUGGCCUUCGGCGGCCCGGAGGUCUGAGCCGACUUGCAAAGGGGAUAGGCGGGCGGCACCGGGCGCCCUCCCCCAGCCCGCCCCGCCCGCCCAGCCCGGAGACCCCCAAGGCAGAGGGAGGCCGGCCUGUUGGCCCUCCACGCUAUCCCUCUGCAGCCUGGGCCCUCCCGACAGAGGCCCCAGGUGCGCUGGCAGUGGAGGUGGGGCACUUAGGUGCCUGGCUGGCCCAGGGCUUGCUCUCCGUGUCAAGCCGACUCACCCAGAGCCCACCCUCCCAAGCUCAGGGGCAUCCUCCGCUGGGCCCCAGUGCCUUUGCGCUGCGCAGCACUCUGCCCUCCACUGGACUCAGGCAUGUCUAUGGCUGCCUGUCCUGAGGCUCCCGAGCCCUCAUUUCUUCGUGAAGUCCCCAGCUCCCCUGCCUCCACUCAAUGGCACCAGCCCUGCAGCUUUAGGCAGGUCGAAGCCAACCCAAGGAAAGAACCUAAGAACCUCGUUUGGAGGGAUGUCAGCUUGGGCCAGCCCAGCCGCACCCCGCGGAGCUCAGGCUUGGAACUGGUGAGGGUGUGUGGUGGGGGUAUGCAGAGGGAUAAGACCGUGGUAGAGGAGAGGGUUGGGGAGGAGAGAGAGAGAGAGAGAGAGUCUGGGGGGAGCGGGCAAGCAUGGGGAGAUGAGAUGUGUAUAUGUGAGAGAGAGUGUGGGGGCCCCAGGCAGGGCAGGAGGUGGUGGAAACGGGGUGAACUCCGUGGGCUGUGUGAGGACUGUCCAUAGUGGGUCCCAACCCCCUCCCUCUGCUGGAGUUUCCUAGCCCUUCCCCCUCCCCAAGACUGAGGCAGCAGGCAGCAGCCCCUGCCCUCCCUCCCUGUCCUGUGCCACACUUCUGGGGCCAAACCCAGACCCCUUGAGCCAGGCCCUGCCAGACUCCAAGCCCACCCUAGAACCCUCCUCCUGUGUGGAGACUCUGUUGCCCCACUUUGGACAUAGAUUGGCAACCUGCCUCACCCCGCCCCCCUUUGCUGGGGCUUCCAUCUUAAUUUAUUCUCAAUAAUAAAGACUUCAUGAUGA